AUGGCAAUUAGUCUGACUACUGUUUUUCUGCUAGCGAUUAGUCUGCUAGUGGCCACGUUUGCAAUUGGUGUUAUCCCAUUGUAUUAUGUGAACAAAAAUUUAGAACAAGGUGCAAACGGUCAAAAGAUUGCCAUAUUAUCACAGUUUGGUGUCGGUAUGCUGAUUGGUACCUCAUUCAUGUUGGUCAUCCCUGAAGGUGUCAAGUCAUGCGUGGAGUAUGGUGGAAAUGUGGGUUUGAACCUGCUGAUUGGGUUUUUAGUAGUUUAUCUAUUGGAUAGAGGUGUCUCCGUAUUGAUGGCUAAUUCAUCAAAAUUUUCUUUCUUUGAUGAUGAUCGUAGCGCUGAUAUCCACAGCGUCAGGGAUCUGUUAAAGAACCCCAAAAUCGCAAUCACCUCUAUCUUGAAGAAUAACGUUGUCUUUGCACUUUUCAUACAUGGUAUUUCCGACGGUAUUGCGUUGGGGACUACAUCAAAUAACGAAGAACUGUUAAUCGUUGUUCUCAUUGCUAUUGUUGUUCACAAGAUCCCAGCAGUUCUAUCGUUAACCAGUCUGAUGAUCUCCAAACAAAGACUACCAGAAUGGCAAGUUCUGUCCAAUCUGUUUGCAUUCGCCCUUUCGACUCCAUUGGGCUAUGUCGUUGUUUCGAUUUUCAACUUGAAAGCCUCUGACUCCAUGGAAUGGAUUGGUGGAAGCUUACUAUUGAUGAGUGGUGGUAGUUUACUAUAUGCCUCUUUUACUGCAUUUACAGAAAAGGACUACGACCACACUGGUGGCUACGAACCUGCUCUAAACCCGUCCGUGAUAGGUUCCGACAUGUCAUUGGAGCUCGAUCUUGAUGCCACUGAUCCGACUGGCAUCCCAAACAAGAACAACACAUCUCCAGUAAGCUUAAGGGAUUCGAACGACAUAGAACUAAAUGCACGCGAAGAGAAUACCGAACACUCGAAGCUACCUUACGACGAGUCUGUCUUUACCGUCGCAGGUGUUAUCAUCCCGAUCAUCGUGUCAUUCUUAAUCCAAGAAUAA